AUGUUAAAGAACCGUCUUAAACUUGGUUUCAUACCACCAAAAAUCUUAAAUGUAUCUACUAGUGACAACGUGCCUAAUACAUCAAAAGAAAAACGAGUAAAGUCUUUAAUUUCAAAUCCGUCAAAGCGUAUUAAAGUCAAUCAUGACUCUGCCGAUGACGAAAAAAUUUAUCGUUCUGAAGAAUCUGAAGACGAUGAAAAUCGUAUGCGCAAAAUUCCAAAAAAUAAAUCCAAGGACUCUGACUCUUCUGAUACAAGUCCCCCAAGUUCAAUUUGCUGCAAUUUAUAUCCUGCUCCUACGAAAAAACUUUUUAAACCUUUCAAAAUGCCUUCUUUUAUUAAACCACCUCCGUUUGAGAUUAGUCAAGAAGCGAGGCGACCUGGGCGAAAUGUUUUGAAUAAACCUAGGUUCGACCCACAUGCUCCUGACGCGAUCAACGAAGUGAACAAAAACAAAAAAGUUCACGUGGUUGUUGAUCCUGUCUUAGGUCGAAAACUUCGACCACACCAAGUUGAAGGUGUAAAGUUUUUGUAUAAUUGCACGACUGGAAAAACUUUUGAAAAUGCUUACGGAUGCAUCAUGGCUGAUGAAAUGGGUCUUGGUAAAACUCUUCAAUGCAUCACCCUUUUGUGGACAUUACUUAAACAAUCGCCUGAUCCCGGUAAAGGAACAAUAGAAAAAUGUAUUAUUGUCUGUCCGUCAAGUCUUGUGCAUAAUUGGGCGAAUGAAUUGGUGAAAUGGCUUGGGCCUAUAAAAUUAAGAGCACUAGUUAUGGACAGCAAGGGAAAGAAGGAAAAUUUAAUAAGAGAAUUAAGACAAUAUGUUGGAGCUAAAGGAAAGAUUAUUCAACCAGUGUUAAUCAUUUCGUAUGAGACUCUUCGAAUAAAUAUAUCAGAAUUGAAGACUACUCAAUUUGGCUUAUUAUUGUGCGAUGAAGGCCAUAAACUAAAAAAUUCAAAUUCUCAAUUAUUCCAAGCUUUAAAUUCACUCCAAGUUCAACGAAGAGUUAUUUUAUCUGGCACGCCAAUUCAGAAUGAUCUUUCAGAAUAUUUUUCUCUAUUGAAUUUUGCAAACCCUAAUCUUCUUGGAACACCUAACGAAUUUCGUAAAAAUUAUGAAAACCCCAUUCUGCGCGGGCGUGAUGCCGGUGCUUCUGAAAAGGAGAGGGAAACUAGUGAUCAAAAGUUAUCCGAAUUGUUGGAAGUUGUAAGCAAGUUUAUAAUUAGGCGAAAUAAUGAUCUUUUAUCAAAAUAUUUACCCGUGAAGUACGAACAUGUUGUAUUUUGUCGUUUGAGCGAAUUUCAAAUGUCAUUAUACAGUCUGUUUCUUGGUUGCCCUGAAAUUCAAGAUCUUCUUCGUUCACAACCACUCAAGGCAAUUACUACGCUUAAGAAAUUAUGCAACCAUCCGGAUUUGCUUGAUCUCCCAAAAGAGCUUAAAGGAUCCCAAAAAUUAUUUCCGUCAGGAUAUUCAAUAAAAGACAAGUUGAGAACGGUCAAGCCAGAAUUCUCAGGAAAAAUGAAUGUAUUGGAUAGAAUGUUAUCAAAGAUUAAAAAUGAAACAAAUGACAAAAUUGUCCUGAUUUCGAAUUAUACGCAAACAUUAGAUUAUUUGCACUUUAUAAGAUAUGGUUAUUUACGUCUUGACGGUUCAAUGCCAAUAAAGAAGCGCCAGGUUCUUGUAACUAAGUUCAACGACCCACGCAGUCCAGAAUUUGUUUUUCUAUUAAGCAGUAAAGCUGGUGGUUGUGGAUUAAACCUUAUCGGCGCAAAUCGGCUUGUUUUGUUUGAUCCGGAUUGGAACCCUGCAGCAGAUCAGCAAGCGUUGGCUCGAGUUUGGAGAGAUGGACAAAAGAAAAAUUGUUUCAUAUAUCGAUUCAUUUCGACGGGAUCUAUCGAAGAGAAGGUCUUUCAACGCCAAUCGCAUAAACAAUCUCUCUCUUCAUGUAUUGUCGAUGAAGAAGUUGAUGUUGUUAGACACUAUUCCUACGAAUCCUUAAGGCUUCUCUUUUAUUUAAAUCCGGAUACUAUAUGUGAUACACAUGAUACUUUUAAGUGUAAUAGAUGCGAAAAGGGUGUUCAAAAGAAUUCUCGACAACAAGGAGAGACGAUGAAUUACAAUGAUACAAGCUCGUGGGACCACUUCACUGGUGGAAAUGAUAUGAUUAAUAUCAAUGAUAACAUCUUAAAGGCAGAGGCAAAUCAAGGCUUG